GUAAGGAACUGUGCCAUGGGAGGCGCUGGUCGUGCUCGUUUGGCAGUUGGUACAGCGGAUAGUGCUGUCGGCGCCACUGUGUUGGUAAAGGGCCAUCAAAACGAGAUCUCAGGGAUCGUAAAAAAAAAGUGUUAUAUAAAAGGGUGCGAGUUGACUUUGACUUCAUUCAGAGACACCAACAUGUCUAUCCUUCAUCAAGUCAUCAUUGCUUCCCUGGCAGCCUUCGUGGCCGCCCAGUGCCCCUCGAAUUUCUUCGAAUCCGAGGGUCUGUGCUUCAACGUUAUUGACAGACCAGGGGAGAACAUGACAUGGGCAGAGUGCAGGAUUCUCUGCGAGGUAGAGGGUGAGGGGCAGUGGAAAUCCGAUCUGGCCGUCUUUGACAAUGCUGAAGAACUGGAAGCAUUCUCCAUCACGUGGCUCGAGAUCUCCAAUGAGUACGUAGACCACCCCUACAUGUGGAUCGGCGUGCACAAGAAGGAUGGCCAUUGGGUCACCCUGGACGGCACUCAUAUCACCCACCAGAACCUAAUGUGGCACAUGGGAUACCCUCACGAGACAGGCAUCCACGCCUUCCUGGAGGAUAUUACCGACACCACCGGCGUCAACUCCUAUGGACGUCUGUAUAUGAGUUCCACCAUACUCGGCGAGCACGAGCACAACAGCCGCUGUCUCUGUGAGGCUAAUGUAUGAAAUUCCCUGUCUUUCAGCUUUUCUCUACAUUUUCCUCUUCCUCUUCCUUCUUAAUGACUGUUUCACCCCUUUAAGUAGCAGAAGCGCUGUUCACAGAAAAAAUUACUCCUAUUAAUCACAUGAGUAAUUUAAUGAAAAAAGAAUCCUUCAUACCAAUCACUGUAUUCAACCUUUGAUGGUUACCAAAUGAAAAUAUGAAUAAAUUGGAAUACAUAUAA